GAAGCUGAGUCAUGGAUAGAUUGAAAAAAUUGGAUGUGAACAUGGAAUGGAUGACUCCGAGAAAUGUCUCUGUUGUUUUUCUGAGUCUUGUGACCGUGAAAGCUUCCCACUCCAUCUAUAAAUAUUAUAGGGCAAAGUCAAAGGUCAAAGCCAAGAGAGAAGAAUGCCUAGCUGCUUGUGAGAAGUUAGCAGAACAUUUAAAUAAAAAAGGGAUUACUCAAGAAAAGAAGGAUGCCAUAACGAGGCUGUCAAUCACAGAGCUCAUAGAGAAGCUCCAAUCAGGGGAGCUGAAGGCAGUGGACGUGUACGAGUGUUAUCAAGCCGCAGCCCUCGAGGUCAAUCGCCGUCUUAACUGUGUGGUGGAGCCAAUCUGGGAGGCAGAGGAAAUGGCCAUAGAAAGGGAUCAAAGGUCAGGGACAAAGGGGCCACUACACGGUGUUCCUGUCAGUAUCAAAGAAAAUUACUAUAUCAAGGGCUAUGACUGCACAGCUGGUAUGCAGAAAUGUAUAGGAGAACCAGUGUCAGAAGAUGCUGUUAUUGUCAAGGUUCUCAAGAAGCAGGGAGCAGUGCCUUUUGUUCGUACCAAUGUCCCUCAAACCAUGAUGACAUUUGAGUGUUCUAAUCCAAUAUAUGGCAGGACUCUAAAUCCCCAUGAUGAAGACCGAGGCCCUGGGGGGUCAUCUGGUGGGGAGGGGGCCCUCAUAGCUGCAGGAGGAUCCAUUUUAGGGAUUGGUACUGAUAUUGGGGGAAGCAUCAGGAUACCUGCUAACAUGUGUGGAAUCUGUGGUCUGAAACCAACUGUAGGAAGAUUGAGUUCAAAUGGUACUCAUAAACUAACAAAAGGCCAAACCUUAGUAAGAUCAGCUGCUGGAGUGCUGGCCAGAGAUGUUGAUGGUGUUGUCAUAGCAAUGAGAGCUCUUUUAUGUCAGUAUAUGUUUGACCUUGACCCCACAGUUCCUCCAAUACAGUUCAGAGAGGAGAUAUACAGUGAUAAGGCUCCACUCCGGAUUGGAUUCUACCUGGAUGAUGGCUACAUUCCCUCAGUGCCCUCAAUGCACCGAGCUGUGGAGAAAGCCAAGGUCAUACUGGAAACUCAGGGUCAUAAGAUGAUUCAAAUGCAGCCACUGGAUGCUAGGCGAAUGUUUAAACUGUUUCUGGACACAGUGGGAGCUGAUGGCACCAAAACCUACCGAGUCUGCAUGGAGGACGAUAUCUAUGAUUCCACCGUUCGCCAGUUUUUCUUCACCUCCACUCUUCCAGGUGCUGUAAAGAAAGUCAUAGGAUGGGUAAUGGCUGCCAUUGCUAGGGAUGAUAUGCCAGGUUACAUGAUUAAAGCUUUAUCAGGAAUAGGGUCUGUUUAUGAUUAUUGGAAUCAUGCACUUGACAUUGAAGAAUAUAAAGAUGAAACCUUGGCCUUAUGGAGAUCCCAGGGAAUCGAUGCUGUUAUCUGUCCAGGUUUUGCUUUUCCAGCUAUACCACACAAUUCCUUUGGAGACUUAGUUGGUGGGACAUCAUACUCAUCUAUGUACAACUUACUGAACUAUCCAGCUGGUGUUGUUCCUGUUACCAAGGUUACAGAACAGGAUGUUAAGGAUAUGGCAAAUUACCCCCAAAAAACAAUGUUUGAGAAAAAUAUUAAAAAGAUGAUGUUGGGAGGGACAGUGGGCCUGUCCUGUGGGGUGCAGUGUGUGGCACUACCGUAUCGGGAGGAAUUGGUUCUACGCCUGAUGAAAGAAAUCGAGGAAGGACUCAAGGGAGACAACUGAGGAAUAUUGUUAAAUAUUUAAUUAUAUUUAUGGAUAUAUUAAAUAUGAUUAUAAUUAAAUUGAAUGAGACAGAAUUAACUAAUUAUGAAGAGUGGAAUAAGAAAUUUAGUUACUAAAUGUUAUUUAAUAAUCACCAUACCUCAAGCUUGAUGCAUUUUAACUGCAGGUUGGAAAAAAAAUAAUGCAAUUGCUAGUCUUUUCCUUGUUAAUUGAUCACUGUCUCAUUUC